GAACAAUCGCGACCUCUUUUCGACAUUCCUAAUUUCUAUUUCCUCGUCGUCGCGCGCUGGUCGAUCUCCCGUCUUUCUUAUUUACUGCCACGAUGUUGGCUAUUUUCUUCGCCUUGUUUAUAGCUCUGGCUAGCGCCUACCCGGCGCGAGGCCCUUGUACGGGAGACUGCUGGACUCAUGAUCCUUCUAUCAUCCAGCGCGAGUCUGAUGGCACGUACUUCCGAUUCUCCACAGGAACGGGUGUCAAUACGCAGACUUCGUCUUCCCUGACGGGACCAUGGACGGACAUCGGUGAGGCUCUGCCGAACGGUUCCAAGAUCACUCUCGACGGUGUAGACAGCAGCAACAUUUGGGCCCCCGACGUACAUUACCAGGGUGGAACGUACUACAUGUACUACGUCCUCUCCAAACUCGGCACUCAAACCUCGCAAAUCGGUGUGGCGACCUCCACAACAUUGGAACCCGGCUCCUGGACCGAUCACGGCAUCAUCGGCAUCCCCGCCAACAGCGCCUACAAUCGCAUUGACCCUAACUGGAUCACCAUCGGCGGCAAGCAAUACAUCCAAUUCGGCUCCUACUGGCAGGACAUUUACCAAGUUGCUCUCGAAACCCCGCUGCAGGUCGGGUCUAACACGCCGCACCAACUCGCGUACAACGCUAGUCUGAAUCACCGCGUUGAGGGCGCGUUCUUGUAUCAGCACGGCAGCUAUUACUACUUGUUCUUCAGCGGUGGAAUUGCGGGCUCGUAUACGGCGACUUACCCUGCCCAGGGCGAGGAAUACCGUAUCCACGUCUGCCGCUCGUCGACUGGAACCGGGGGCUUUGUUGAUGAGGCUGGAACUUCUUGUUUGGAAUCGGGCGGUACUAUCAUCCUUGCUAGCCACAAUCAGGUUUAUGCCCCCGGUGGACAGGGUGUUCUUACCGAUAAGGACCUUGGCCCUGUGCUAUAUUACCACUACUACUCGCUCAAGGCGAAAGCGGCCGGCGGCACCGGUGUCUCUGGCUACCUGUACGGCUGGAAUGAGCUGGACUUUUCGACUGGCUGGCCAGUCGUCAAGGCCGUUUAAUCUCGUCCUUAGCCACGAUUUUAUUUAUAUAUAUUUUAUACAUAUCGCAUGUGGGGAAUCACGGACGGCUUUGACUAGCAGUUCCGGUGGUCGCCUUGUUUUUCUUUCGCAUACUUUCUUUCUGUCAAUGGUUCGGGGGAUGUAUACUGAUACUUACCCUAUCUUCUUUUUGAGUACCACUGCAUUCAUUUAUUCUGGGAUACCCCAAUGCAUGGCGGCUGCUUGGGCGGCGCGCACUUGUCUGACAGGUGCUUUUAUACUAAUUUCUACAUCUUAAUGUCGUUUCAUCCGGGCGGUUAAUUUCACUUCGUUGGGCGUGGCCCUGUCGGGAUAUGCACAGUCACUAUGAUGGAUGAGAAGAUCUGCAUAUGAUAGAAAGAUCUGAAUAAAACACUCGUUUCUUCGUCGCUAGUCUAUAUUUUGUUUGUCCACUGGGACCCACCCGUACCU